CAUGACGAAGAGAUCAUGAGUGUAACGAUGGCUUAGACUUCGAUGCCGUAAAGCAAAAAAGAACAUUUAAAAAUGAACAAAAAAAUCACUGUAAUAAAUACUACUCCGUUCGAAUUCACGAGCUCACUACCACCAAAUGAAUUUGUACGCUCUCUUCUUGAAUAUGAAGGCGACGGCRAGUGGAGAAACAAAUGGUCAAACGAGACCAUCAUUCCAACUGUUACCAUCGACAAGGUGGUUCCAACCAUGAAGGAAAAACAGUUGGAAACGAGCUUYGUAAUCGCUGCCAUGGUGUCUUUUACGAUAGCAGUUUUUUUUUGCAUCGGAUCGUCGAUAUUCGUUUAUCACUAUCGGAAAAACCCCGUAAUAUCGAUUUCCCAGCCGCGCUUCCUUUGGUUAAUAUUUGGAGGGGCCGCCCUGAUUGCAUCRAGUGGUUACUUUUUGUUGUUUGCAGAAAUAAUGGGCGACUAUGCGAAAGRAAAAGUUCUGAACGGGAUGUGUGCCACAUGGAUUUGGAUAUAUAAUAUUGGAAUCAAUAUUGUCUACAUGGCAAUAUUUGGGAAGCUGUGGAGGAUCCAAAGGGUUUCCCAGUUUCGAAGACGACAGAAUGUAUCAGUGAACCAAACCAUUUGGCCCCUUAGGGUCAUGUUUUUUGUCAACCUUCUGAUACUGUCGGUCUGGACCUUUGAGAACCCAYYCAAGUAUAGAAAGCUUGAUAGCGAAAAAAACAACUUUGUGCUGGGGACUUGCGAUUUUGUUCAGUUGCCCUACUUUGUUCCUUCUCAACUUAUCCUCCUUGUUGCGGUUGCCCUGGGGCUUUGGAUGGCCUACAAGACAAGGAAGCUUCCACGCGAGCUCAACGAGGGAGGGCAGAUUUUCUACAUUUAUCUGUGCAACACGGUCACAUUUUUUGUUUUUGUCGUUUUGUACAYGAUGGGCUGGCUCCUCCGCAACCUCGUCGUCAUGAACGCUUCGGUGGUCCGAGUACUCGGGCAAGUUUAGCAACGGUGCACAUCAUCAAGCCCAACUCCGCAUCCGCUGGAGGCAGAAAACAGCAAGUUGAUGUUGUUAGCCUACCUGACUAGACGAUCUAAUCGAUUACUGAGAAGGYGUGUCUUCCCUAGCGAUCACAAAGGAAGACCAAUAUCGGAAAAUGAAGCAUUUGUUCCGCAAGGCCUCAAAGACCAAUAUCGGAGGGAAUAUGAAGCAUUCGUUCUGUAAGGCCUCACCUUUAAAGAUGAACCCACGGUUUCUGGAUUUGUAUCACUUUUYCUGGUAUGUCUGAUGAGAGUUUACUUUACAGUAUUGGGGAAAAAUUUCGCCGUUGCCAUCCAGGACUCUUUCUUGCGGUGGUGAUUGACACUUCUCUCUUGACUUUUGGUAUUUCUCUGAGCAAAGAAUGGAAGCGAGAGUAAAACAACGAAAUAUUUGACCUACCAAAUGGUUCUGUGCUUUAUUAAUUAAUGAGUAGUGAAACUUUGUUCAUUCGAACUAUGGAAAGGGUGCAAACAAUUAUUUCGCUGUCGGAGUGGCUGUGCCAUUCUGUUUCUAAGACCAACCGUGAUGAAUUUCCUCCUACAUUUUCCAAAAUCCGUUCGAKAUUCUGCUCUUCAUUCGGUAUAUUUCCUGAACUCUUCUCACCCACGUCACAAUGCUCGUCCAGGCCUACGCCCUAGACAGAAGGUGAAUGGAAACUCGAACAUAUGGUCUGCGCCAUUUAAAGUAGACGAACAAUUCUUUCGCAAGUCACAAGAAGAAGAUGCAAGAGAAGGUCGACAGAGCUACAACAUUCACUAUUCAUAUUCCAAUCUACUGUACCCUAGUAGACCCAGUACAUAAUACUGUGCCGAAAGUAUCACCAGUUGCCUCUCGAUCAAAGCGAAAAAACGCAUGCUGUCUUGGUCUAUUGAUGAGGAAUCAAAUCAGUACGUAAAAGAACGCAUUAAAAAGAUACGUUAUUUGCAGUGAGAUGACAAAUUACGGUGCAAUCCAAAUCUUGAAUUAGAACAAUUCAUGCACAUCAACUUAAGAAUCCAUAAUCUUGCACAUGAUCAUUAGGUCGUUCGAUACCGAAUGAUUUGGCUAGAAACCUCUACUACUAYUUGACAACGAAUCUCAUUUGCAUCCGAUUAUGAUCUGUAAGUUUAGCAAUUGAGUGAAUUGGUUGUAAUGAUGCGGGAUAAGUCUAUCACAAUGCUUAUGCUCCAUUCAUUUUUGUCUCCUCGCCGCAGCUGGUGAACAUCAUUUCCUUCGAAAACAACUGAUACAAGAUUCUUAUUAUGACUGAUUCCUGUUGAUCGCUUCGUCAAAGAUUCGGUUUGCCGUGCUUUCCAGUGUUGGUGAUGUAUCCAGCACUUUAUGUACAUUAAGGCCGACCGAAUCCAAACUCUUGUCGCCAAUUAGAUCAUACACAAUUGCGGCAUAAUCCUCGAGAUCUGAAGAAUCGUCUCCCCCUAAUUGGCGUAAGUACCCAAAGAACUCGGUGCGCAGUCUGGUGAUGGAUGCAUUGGAAGAUUCUGGCAACAGAUCCUCCAAUGGGCGUUCCAGAACGCUCUUCAAUAGUCGUGCAUUUGCUGCGCCAAACGCCUUUCGAUUUUGAUCGGACAGGACAAAGCUGGAUGCACGUCCAAUAGCAAUCGUAGUAUAUCCCUUUAAGAAAUUUCUUAAAGUUGGUCCCAGAGUCCGAUCUAGUUGCUGCUUCAGAUCAUCACGGAUUUUGUUGCGAAUUGGUCCCAAAACGGGCAAAUUCGAUAUGAUGUUCCCGAAUACGUCUAUUGUUUGAAAGAAUUCAUAAAUCCCGUCGUCUGUCAAUAGAUUAAUUAGUUCGUU